GACCUCCUCACCAUCAUGGUUCUCCACAACAAGGUGGUAGAGGUUCUCAAUCCUCUGGCAAGGGAAUUCAAGUCGAUUGGGACCUUGAGGAAAGAGCUAGCCGAGUUACAGCAGGAACUGGCAAAAGCUCACAAUCAGGUUCAUUUAUCCGAAGCCAGAGUGUCAACUGCGCUCGACAAGUUAGCGCAUAUGGAGACCCUCGUCAAUGACAGGCUCUUACCGGGUGGAGUCUCUGGUACAUCCACAGCCGAGUCCACUACCCUAGUUCCAAGUACAUCGUCCACCACCCCUGUCCGAACCAAGAAACAACCACGUCGGAGUAGCCUUAACGUGUCCGGUCCAGUGAAGCCUUACAAUCCCAGCUUGAAGAACUUCUGGUACCCAGUUGCCUUCUCCAGUGAUCUGAAAGAUGACACAAUGGUGCCGAUAGAUUGCUUCGAGGAGCAGUGGGUGAUAUUCCGAGGAAAAGAUGGAAGGCCUGGUUGUGUUCAGAACACAUGUGCUCACAGAGCUUGCCCCCUUCAUCUUGGUUCAGUGAACGAGGGUAGAAUCCAGUGCCCAUACCAUGGCUGGGAGUACUCGACUGAUGGAAAAUGUGAAAAAAUGCCAUCAACAAAGAUGUUCAAUGUGCGCAUACAGUCAUUGCCAUGCUUUGAGCAAGAAGGAGUGGUUUGGAUUUGGCCUGGGGACGACCCACCAAAGGCUACCAUCCCUUCUCUGCUGCCUCCUUCAGGAUUCACAAUUCACGCAGAGAUAGUGAUGGAGCUACCUGUUGAACAUGGACUUCUUCUGGACAAUCUGUUGGACCUUGCUCAUGCUCCUUUUACACAUACAUCCACCUUUGCCAAGGGUUGGAGUGUUCCAAGCUUGGUGAAGUUCUUAACACCUGCAUCUGGGCUCCAAGGUUAUUGGGAUCCUUACCCGAUCGACUUGGAGUUCCGACCACCGUGCAUGGUCUUAUCAACCAUUGGCAUCUCAAAGCCUGGAAAGCUAGAAGGGAAGAGCACCCAGCAAUGUUCAACACAUCUCCAUCAACUCCAUGUUUUGUUGCCCUCCUCUAGGAAUAAAACUAGGCUGCUGUACCGGAUGUCGCUUGACUUUGCUCCCUGGCUCAAGCACGUACCAUUUAUGCAUCUACUGUGGUCACAUUUCUCUGAGAAGGUCUUGAAUGAGGACCUCCGACUUGUUCUUGGGCAGCAAGAACGAAUGAUCAAUGGUGCCAACAUCUGGAACUGGCCGGUAUCAUAUGACAAGCUUGGAAUCUGGUAUCGGUUGUGGAGGGAUGCUGUUGAGAGAGGCUCCGACAGGUUGCCAUUCAGUAACCAAGCUGACAGUGGAUCAUAG